AUGGCGUCGCGUCGGCCGCUGGCCCCUUGCUACCUGGGACCUCCAAAGGAAGUGGACGCUGUCGCAGAGGGCUAUGCUCGUGUCUACCACAACAGGAGACGAACUGCAUGGACAGACUAUAAGAUUGCAGCGACUGGCGAAGACAACCUAAGCUUGUCUCGGCAGUCCACUGCGGACACAGAUAUAGGUAUGUAUGAUUCCAAACAGCAGCCUGACGGGAGUUUCAGCAUGAGUCCAUCCACACGACAGCUGCUCACUCAGUUGGAUUCAGAGAAGUGCAUUGGCUGCUGUAUGCAGCGGAACAAGAUCCUCGAGGAAGCUCUCACAUACUGCAGAAUUCCUGGCUACAUUCAACCAUGUGCAGAUGACGGUUGGUCUCCGCUGCUGAUUGCGACGCAGCGGCGAAACUACAGUGCCAUCAAGACUCUUCUUGCACACGGUGCAGAGGUUGAUUGUAGGGAGCCUCAAAGUGGAUGGACGCCUUUGAUGUUCGCAGCCUCCAUUGGUGAUUGCAACAUCGUGAAGUUGUUGCUGGAGUAUAAUGCUUCCAUCAACGACUUUGCCAGCCCUCAUGACUGGAAUCCGUUGUGCUGCGCGCUUCAAGCCAACAACAAAGAGGUGGCUCGUGUACUCCUCGAUGCGGGUGCUGACGUCAGCCUGAUCAAGCGUAGGCAUCCAGCGCUCGCGGAGAUGUACGAGUGCGAGCUCGAAGAGAUGUCUGCAGCUCCCACGCACCGCUAG